AUGGAGCUGCUUGUUAUAUUCACCGGCAUAAUAUCUCUAUCGGGCGGGGUAACACCACCCACCAAAAAUCCCCUUCAUGGGUUGCUAGUGGUGAAAACGGGCGAGGUGAACUUGAUCUCAGGAAAUCGAGCGUUGGAGGACGAAUGUUACUCACCAUUCACAUACAUAGUGCCUUUUAGGAUUAGGAUUCGGAACGUUGUUUCCGUAGAGGAUUUCGCAGUGCCUGAUACUAAGGUCAUAUACGCAGCAGUUGGAUCCGAGGAGCAGUUUAUCGAAGAAAGGGAUCAGCCUGCUAAACAACAACAUCUCAUUUCCCAUGAUGAACACAUUGAAUCUGUUCAAGUAGAUAAUUCUGAUUCGGAUGAGGAUGAUCGUCUAAUCGGACCCGCCCCUUCCUUUUUCUUUGUCGCUAUUGCGAAUCCGAGGAUAGAACCUUUUUCUCGAAGUAGAGAUGGGGCGCAAUCGAAGUUGCCGUUGAAAACCUUACCGUUGUAG